AUGUCUCUAUCUUCCAAGCUAACUGUUAAAGAUCUAGAAUUGAAAGACCAACGUGUCUUCAUCAGAGUCGACUUCAACGUCCCAUUAGACGGUAAGAAGAUCACUUCCAACCAAAGAAUUGUUGCUGCUUUGCCAACUAUUCAAUACGUCUUGGAACACAACCCAAGAUACGUUGUCCUAGCUUCUCAUCUAGGUAGACCAAACGGUGAAAGAAACGACAAAUACUCUCUAGCUCCAGUUGCUGAAGAACUACAAACUUUACUAGGUAAGCCAGUUACUUUCCUAAACGACUGUGUCGGUGCUGAUGUCGAUGCUGCUGUUAAGGCUUCUGCUCCAGGUUCCGUUAUCUUACUAGAAAACUUGAGAUACCACAUCGAAGAAGAAGGUUCCAGAAAGGUUGACGGUAAGAAGGUUAAGGCUUCUGCUGAAGAUGUUACCAAGUUCAGAAAGGAACUUUCCUCUCUAGCUGAUGUUUACAUCAACGAUGCUUUCGGUACUGCUCACAGAGCUCACUCUUCCAUGGUUGGUUUCGAUCUACCACAAAGAGCUGCUGGUUUCCUAAUGACCAAGGAACUAGAAUACUUCGGUAAGGCUCUAGAAAACCCAGAAAGACCAUUCUUAGCUAUCCUUGGUGGUGCUAAGGUUGCUGACAAGAUUCAAUUGAUCGACAACUUGCUAGACAAGGUUAACUCUAUCAUCAUUGGUGGUGGUAUGGCUUUCACUUUCAAGAAGGUUAUUGAAAACGCUGAAAUCGGUGACUCCAUCUUCGAUGAAGCUGGUGCCGAAAUUGUUCCAAAGCUAAUGGAAAAGGCCAAGGCUAAGGGUGUCGAAGUUGUCCUACCAGUCGAUUUCGUCAUUGCUGACGCUUUCUCCGCUGACGCUAACACCAAGAUUGUCUCCGACAAGGAAGGUAUUCCAGCCGGCUGGCAAGGUCUAGACAAUGGUCCAGAGUCCAGAAAGUUGUUCGCUGCCACUGUCGCUAAAGCUAAGACCAUCGUCUGGAACGGUCCACCAGGUGUUUUCGAAUUCGAAAAGUUCGCUAACGGUACCAAGGCCCUAUUGGAUGAAGUUGUCAACUCCUGUCAAUCCGGUUCCACCGUCAUCAUCGGUGGUGGUGACACUGCCACUGUCGCCAAGAAGUACGGUGUCACUGACAAGAUCUCUCAUGUCUCUACCGGUGGUGGUGCUUCUCUAGAAUUAUUAGAAGGUAAGGAAUUACCAGGUGUUGCUUUCCUAUCUGAAAAGAAAUAA